AUGGUAGCACCCACACCUGAGUCCAAGUCCGAGGAACUUGAGCCUUUAAAGGUAGCACCUGCUCCUGCGUCCGAGUCCGAGGAACCUGAGCCAUCAAAGGGGGCAUCCACUCCUGAGUUCGAGCUCGAGGAAUCCGAGCCUCCAAAAGUAGCACCCACUCCAGAGUCUGAGUUUGAGGAACCCAAGCCUCUAAAGGUAGCACCCACUCCCGAGUUCGAGGAACCCGAGCCUCCAACGAUAGCACCCACUCCUGAGUUCGAGUUUGAAUCCAAGAAGGGGCUAAACCCAUAUGAUAAGAUUCGUAGGCUCAAAAAGAAGUAUGAGACCAACGUGGCCAAAGGGAAGAAGUAUAAUACUGUUAAGCCUCAUCAGCUAAAGGUCUUUGACUUGUAUAAGAAGGUAUGGGGCAGCAAUGAAGGGUCAAUUGAGGUCAGUGCGGGUUGGAGAGAGUUGGGGUUGGUGGAGGGUGGCUUGGAGUUGAUUAGAGACCCCAAGCUAGCUGAGUUGAAGGAGCAGCAGAAGAAGCUGCGUGUUGCUGAAUUUGAGCUUCUUGUUAGAUGGGGUGAGUUGAUGAGAGAACAGGUUAAGCUUGUUGGUAGAAGGGGUGAGUUAACGAGAGAACAUGCUAAGUUGGUUAGAAAAGGUUAA